UCGCACGAGCCUAUUUAUUGAAUACCUUAAUUUUCAAUCAUUAGCAACCUAACGGGCUCAGUAUUCCCAGUUUCCCACCAAUAUACUCAAUUCCCCCCUUUGCCACACAUGGUUCCAAACAGCCUUCCUUACUAUGUUUUUAUCCGGCUGUCGAUCUGGGCCCUCCGAGCUGUCGCCCCAGCGAGCAUCGCCUACUGCCUGGCCAGGGGCCUCGGGCGUCACGGUGGAUUUCUGUCCUGGCCGCUGGAGGUUCUUGCCGUUGCCGAAGCCUUGUUCUAUUUCUGUGUCAGCCUUCCACGACAACGGGCGCUCGACAGGUCCCGCCCGCAACCGGUCCAACGAAGCCUGCGAGAGCGGCAGGAGCUGUUCGAGCGAUGCUGGUCAAGCAUCCCGGACCUCGAGUCCUUCCUGCGCGCUUGGUUUCAGGGCGCGACCCUGGACAGCAUCCACCGCGACGAUCUCAAAGAUUUCUUCGCAUGGGGGUUCCUGUACCAAACCGAGGCGUCGGCUGACCAUGACGACGAGCUCGAAGUCUACGUCCGCCGGACCGAAGAGGCUCUAAGGAGGACAUUUCCGCCUGGAAGAGGUCGGUGUCGCCCCUCGCAGGUGUCUACCGAUGCUCUUCGCCUCCAACACAGACCCCUCUUGUUCUACGCGUUUGCAGUGGGAGCAGACGAUCUCAUGACUUACGUGACAGCCCGGCACAUCGGGCUCCAGCAUUACCGCCUGCCUCUGCGGGACUUCCUCACCGUUUUCCCCUUUCGACCUCAUACCCUUCUGAGCCAGCACGUGUCACCAUCUGAUCAGAUUUCAUACUGGUACCGUCCGCACACUUCAGCGACGCGGCUACCCGUCUUAUUCAUUCACGGUAUAGGUGCCGGCAUGCGCACGUACACCGGCUUCUUCCGCGACUUCAUGCAAGCGGACUCGUCGACAGAUGGCCAGACCGGCAUCAUCGCCAUCGAGCUCAUGCAGAUCAGCAUGCGCAUAACCAAAGGCAUGCCGACCCGGUCCCGGAUGUUGGCCGAGAUAUUCCGAAUCCUGCAACACCACGGGUGGGACAAGUUCGUGAUCAUGGGCCAUUCGUAUGGGACCAUCAUCGCGACGCACAUCCUCCAGGAGUUGAAAGGCACCGGAAGAGUCAGGGCAACGGUCCUGGUCGACCCCGUCACGCUUUCCAUCCACUGGGGAGGCAUUCCGUACAAUUUCCUGUACCGCCCUCCACGCAAGGCGAGCGAGUGGCAGCUGCACUACUUCAUCUCGACCGACAUGUGCGUGGCGCACACCAUCACCCGUCGGUUCGACUGGUCCGAGAACGUCUUGUGGAAGGACGAGAUGCGAGGCCAGGCCAUCGCGGUCGCGCUCGCGGGCGAGGACAUCAUCGUCGACCCGUACGCGUUGCGAGAGUAUCUCUUGGCCGACAACGGGCUCAAGCCGCGGUCGUACAAGUCGACGGAUCUAUCUGGCGACGGGCAGGAUCACGGCACGAGCGGGCUGGAUAUUAUAUGGUUCGACGCAAUCAAUCACUCCGAGAUGUUUGACAGCGCGAAGCACUGGCUGCCACUGGUCACAACCCUCCAUAGAUAUUGUAAGAUGUCGAAUUGAAGGCCGUCUGAAGACCAUUUGAAGACCGGUCAUGGAUAGGUUCCGGGCCGUCCUGCUAUCGACCCAUUCAAAUCGCAAAAUCAUCGGCGUAGAUGUAGAGUUUGCCACGGAAGUCUA